CAAAAUAGUGACAAUACAUGUGUAACUUGGCGUAGGCCUACCGAUAUUCAAUCCAGUUUGGAUUUCGUACUCGGGCAACUUCGUAUUUGUAUCCUUAAAAAUCAAUUCAGCAUAAGAAAUGAGUUUUAAAAGCUCUACUGUGAGCCAGUAAAGUGUUUAUUUUAAAAAGUUUAACAUUCAUGGAAUGCAAGACUUUAAGAGUUAUAAAACAGUAAAUAAUUAAUAAUAAACAUGAUCCAAAAUCAGAAAAAAUGUUCAAUCUUUUAAAUUAAUUUAUUCAAGAUGCAUUUAUAAACUGUAUUACAUUGUAUAUAAAUCUGUAUCAUCCACACAACUUUGGCCUGUUAAAAAUAAUCUGCUAUUACAUAUUCAUACAGAUGGAUGCUGAAAACCUACAAAUCAAGUGGACUUGCUACAUUUGCCACUCCAAAGCUCCAGACCACUCUAUAGCAUCAUUAGAGGCUCAAGAAAAAUCGAAGGAAACAGAAAUAUUCGUUGACGGAGAUUACAGGAUUUAUCUUCGCUGUCCACAUUGUCGUCUAUGUUUUCAUGCCAGUUGUGCUUAUUACGAGCUAGAACUGCAUCUUACGAAAGAACUGAAGAGGACAAUCUGUGAGCAGUGUGCUUCUAAUACAGUACAGGAUGAAGAUUCUAACAAUAACUCGUAAUGGUCAACAAAGCCAGUUGCAGUGUGAUGAUGAAUUGGCAAAGUUAAUACUCUCUAAAGAUACAGAUCCAUCAUUGAAGGAGGGGCUCAUUAAUGGUCUGCUGACAAAUAGCCAACUUGAGUCAUGUCGAAGCCAACAACUUUCAGCCAUCUAACACACAGUCUGUAUUACAUGCCAG